CUUGUUGUCGUGCGCGCCGCCGGCCGGCGCAGGAAGGUCUGGACCGGGCUGGAUGGGGCAGGUUGCCGUGGAGAUGCCCGGUGGGAUCUUGGCACUGUGGUGUUUUUCGCUCUGCUUGGACCCUUCCGUCUGUCUUUAGGGGUUUGUAAACGGGGACAGCCUCUACCAGUGAUGGAAAGUGACUCUCCAUGGUGGUGCUGAGUCUCUGAGUAUGAUUCGAAUUGCGGCCCUAAAUGCCAGCUCCACAGUGGAGGAUGACCACGAAGGAAGCUUUAAAAGUCACAAAACCCAGACAAAGGAGGCUCAGGAAGCAGAAGCUUUCGCCUUGUACCAUAAAGCCUUGGAUCUGCAGAAGCAUGACAGGUUUGAGGAGUCUGCCAAGGCCUACCAUGAACUCCUGGAGGCGCACCUGCUGCGGGAGGCAGUUUCAUCUGGAGAUGAGAAAGAGGGCUUGAAACACCCGGGACUGAUCCUGAAGUAUUCCACCUAUAAGAACCUGGCUCAGUUGGCAGGCCAGAGGGAGGAUCUGGAGACGGCCAUGGAGUUCUACUUGGAGGCAGUGAUGCUGGAUUCCACGGACGUCAACCUCUGGUAUAAAAUUGGACACGUAGCCCUGAGACUCAUCCGGCUCCCCCUGGCUCGCCAUGCUUUUGAGGAAGGGCUUCGGUGCAAUCCUGACCACUGGCCCUGCUUGGACAACCUCAUCACUGUCCUGUACACCCUCAGUGAUUACACAACCUGCCUGUACUUCAUCCGCAAGGCACUGGAGAAGGACUGCCGCUACAGCAAGGGCCUGGUCCUCAAGGAGAGGAUCUUUGAAGAGCAGCCUUGUCUCCGGAAGGACUCACUUCGAAUGUUCCUCAAAUGUGACAUGUCCAUACAUGAGGUGUCCGUGAGCGCAGCUGAGACGCAGGCCAUUGUAGAUGAGGCCCUGGGGCUGCGGAAGAAGAGGCAAGCCCUGACUGUGCGGGAGAAGGAGCCGGACCUGAAACUGGUGCAGCCCAUCCCCUUCUUCACGUGGAAGUGCCUUGGAGAGAGCUUGCUGGCCAUGUACAACCACCUCACCACCUGUGAGCCCCCAAGACCCAGCCUUGGCAAGAGGAUUGACCUGUCUGACUACCAGGACCCCAGCCAGCUACUAGCGCCCUCUGUUGUGGUGAUGCCUGUCAAUGUGAUCCAGCCAAGCCCUGUCAGCACUGGCCCAGCUGUGGCCGUGGCUGUGGCUGAGCCCGUCCUCUCCUACACCUCCGUGGCCACAGCCAGCUUCCCACUGCAUAGUCCUGGCCUGCUCGACACAGGCCCUGCUGGGGGUGAUGUUUCUGGAGGCGAUAAAUCCAAAAAAGGAGUAAAGCGUAAGAAGAUCGCAGAAGAGAGUGGAGAGACAGCAAAGCGGAGGUCUGCCCGUGUCCGAAACACUAAAUGCAAAAAAGAAGAGAAAGUAGACUUCCAAGAGCUCCUGGUGAAGUUUCUUCCAUCCAGGUUAAGAAAACUGGACCCCGAGGAGGAAGAUGAUCCUUUUAAUAACUAUGAAGUUCAGUCAGAAGCCAAGCUGGAGAGCUUCUCAAGUAUGGGGCCGCAUCGGCUCUCCUUUGACUCAGCCACCUUCAUGGAAUCUGAGAAACAGGAUGUUCAUGAGUUCCUGCUGGAGAACCUGACCAAUGGGGGCAUCCUGGAGCUGAUGAUGCGCUACCUGAAGGGCAUGGGCCACAAAUUUCUGCUGAGGUGGCCACCCGGCCUGGCGGAGGUCGUGCUCAGCGUCUACCACAGCUGGAGAAGGCACAGCACCAGCCUUCCCAACCCCCUGCUGAGGGACUGCAGCAAUAAGCACAUCAAGGACAUGAUGCUGAUGUCUCUGUCCUGCAUGGAGCUCCAGCUGGACCAGUGGAUACUGACCAAAGGCAGGAGCUCUACAGUGUCCCCCCGAAACUGCCCUGCUGGUGUGGUGACAGGCAGGUUUGGGCCUGACUUCCCCGGAACACACUGCCUGGGUGACCUCCUGCAGCUGUCAUUCGCCUCGUCCCAGCGUGACCUGUUUGAGGAUGGCUGGCUGGAGUUUGUUGUCCGUGUUUACUGGCUGAAGGCUCGUUUCUUGGCACUACAGGGAGACAUGGAGCAAGCCCUGGAGAACUAUGACAUCUGCACAGAAAUGCUCCAGAACUGCAGCGCCAUGCACGGGGAGGCUGGGGCGGAGCCGAGGGACGUGGUGAUCCGGCUGCCCAACCUUCACAAUGACUCUGUAGUGUCCCUGGAGGAGAUUGAUAAGAACCUCAAGUCACUGGAACGGUGCCAGUCCUUGGAGGAGAUUCAGCGGCUGUUCGAGGCUGGCGACUACAAGGCUGUUGUGCAUCUGCUCCGCCCCACUUUGUGCACCAGUGGGUUUGACCGGGCCAAGCACCUGGAGUUUAUGACUUCCAUUCCCGAGAGGCCAGCCCAGCUGCUUUUGCUGCAGGACUCCUUGCUCCGUCUGAGUGACCACCAGCAGUGCUUUGAGUGCUCCGAUGUGGCUCUGAACGAGGCUGUCCAGCAGAUGGUGAACUCGAGUGAGCCUGCAGCCAAGGAGGAGUGGGUGGCCACAGUGACCCAGCUGCUGAUGGGCAUUGAGCAGGCGCUCUGCGCAGACAGCACUGGCAGCAUCCUGAAGGAGGCCUCUUCCACCACUGGCCUUGUCCGGCUCACCAACAACCUCAUUCAGGUCAUUGACUGCAGCAUGGCCGUGCAGGAGGAGCCCAAGGAGCCCCAGGUCUCCUCAGUGCUGCCCUGGAUUAUCCUGCACAGGGUCAUCUGGCAGGAGGAGGACACCUUCCGCUCCCUGUGCCAGCAGCAGCAGCUCCAGAACCCAGCAGAUGAAGGGCUGGCGGAGAUGCCCAUGCUGCCGUCUUCUCUCAUGCUGCUCAACACGGCGCACGAGUACUUGGGCAGGAGGUCCUGGUGCUGCAACUCGGACGGGGCUCUGCUGCGGUUCUACGUGCAAGUUCUCCAGAAGGAGCUUUCUGCAUCCACCUCUGAAGACACGCACCCCUACAAGGAGGAGCUGGAGACGGCCUUAGAGCAGUGUUUCUAUUGCCUGUACAGCUUCCCCAGCAAGAAGAGCAAGGCCAGGUACCUGGAGGAGCACUCGGCCCAGCAGGUGGAUCUUAUAUGGGAGGAUGCCCUGUUUAUGUUUGAGUAUUUUAAGCCCAAGACCCUUCCUGAAUUUGAUAGCUACAAGACCAGCACUGUAUCUGCUGACUUGGCUAACCUGCUAAAAAGAAUUGCUACCAUUGUGCCCCGCACGGAGAAGCCGACUUUGAGCAUGGAGAAGGUCUCUGCCUACAUAGAGGGAGCGUCAGCUGAGGUGCCUUGCCUCCCAGAAGGGGCAGACCCUUCCCCUCCAGUGGUGAAUGAGCUCUACUACCUCCUGGCUGACUAUCAUUUCAAAAACAAGGAGCAGUCCAAAGCCAUCAAGUUCUACAUGCAUGACAUCUGCAUCUGCCCCAACAGGUUUGAUUCCUGGGCAGGCAUGGCUCUGGCCCGGGCCAGCCGCAUUCAGGACAAGCUGAACUCCAAUGAGCUGAAAAGCGAUGGGCCCAUCUGGAAGCAUGCCACACCUGUUCUGAACUGCUUUCGGCGGGCCCUUGAGAUCGACAGCUCUAACCUGUCCCUGUGGAUCGAGUACGGCACCAUGUCCUACGCCUUACACUCGUUCGCGUCGCGCCAGCUGAAGCAGUGGCGGGCUGAGCUGCCCCCUGAGCUUGUGCAGCAGAUGGAGGACCGGCGCGACAGCAUGCUGGAGACAGCCCGGCACUGCUUCACCUCUGCAGCCCACUGUGAGGGCGACGGCGAUGAGGAGGAGUGGCUCAUCCACUACAUGCUGGGCAAGGUGGCCGAGAAGCAGCAGCAGCCGCCGGCCGUGUACCUGCAGCACUACCGGCAGGCCGGCCACUACCUACACGAGGAGGCCGCCCGCUACCCCAAGAAGAUCCACUACCACAACCCACCCGAGCUGGCCAUGGAGGCCCUGGAGGUGUACUUCCGGCUCCAUGCUUCCAUCCUGAAGCUCCUGGGCAAACCUGAUUCGGGAGUUGGUGCAGAGGUCCUGGUCAGCUUCAUGAAGGAGGCGGCAGAAGGACCCUUUGCCAGGGGCGAGGAGAAGAGUACCCCCAAAGCUUCAGAAAAGGAGAAGGCCUGCCUGGUGGACGAGGACUCCCACUCUUCAGCCGGGACGCUGCCGGGCCCCGGAGCCUCCCUCCCCUCCUCUGGCCCAGGUCUGACAUCCCCACCUUACACAGCCACUCCGAUUGACCACGAUUACGUCAAAUGUAAAAACCCCCACCAGCAGGCGACGCCGGACGACCGAAGCCAGGACAGCACAGCUGUGGCACUCUCGGACUCCAGCUCGACACAGGACUUCUUUCACGAGCCCACGAGCUCGCUGGAGGGCUCUCGGAAGCCCUUCACAGAGAAGAGGCUGUCUGGGUUCAGUGCCCAAGCAGGGCCAACUGGUAAAGACCUUCUGGUGGCCACAGAAGAAAGAGCUUCCCGAGUGCCGCUCCUUUUUCCACACACCACCCUAGGAUGGGGACGCCCAGGAGAGGCAGCGGUGAGAAGAGUGCUGAAGGCUGUGAGCAUGUGGUUAAGGCCGGGGGACAAGCUACGCGCAUGUCUGGAAAAAGGACCGGCAGUGAAAAAGAGAUCGUCAGAGAAGCCUGGGAUAGCAGGAAAAACUGAGGAGUCCUCGGAGAGCACAGAGGGCUUCCGGACUGCAGAACAAGGGGCUCAGAAGCCUGUAGUCGACCUCCCAGCCUCCAUUUGCAUCCCCAGCAAGCCUCCAGUGUCCACACCUGCUUUGUGGGAGGGGAAGAAGAGAGGUGACCUACUAGGGGAGCCAGUGGCCUUCCCCCAGGGGCUUCCAGCAGGAGCUGAAGAGCAGCGGCAGUUCCUCACGGAGCAGUGCAUCUCCUCCUUCCGCCUGUGCCUGAGCCGCUUCCCCCAGCACUACAAGAGUCUCUACCGCCUGGCCUUCCUCUACACCUACAGCAAGACCCACCGGAACCUCCAGUGGGCCCGCGAUGUGUUGCUAGGCAGCAGUAUCCCGUGGCAACAACUGCAGCACAUGCCGGCACAGGGGCUCUUCUGUGAGAGGAACAAGACCAAUUUCUUCAACGGCAUCUGGCGGAUUCCUGUGGAUGAGAUUGACCGACCAGGCAGCUUUGCCUGGCACAUGAACCGCUCCAUCGUGCUGCUGCUCCGGGUUCUGGCCCAGCUUCGGGACCACAGCACCCUGCUGAAGGUCUCUUCCAUGCUGCAGCGCACACCAGACCAGGGCAAGAAGUAUCUGCGAGAUGCCGACCGCCAGGUCCUGGCCCAGCGGGCCUUCAUCCUCACGGUGAAGGUGCUGGAGGACACGCUGAGCGAGCUCGCAGAGGGAUCAGAGCACCCAGGACCCAAGGCCUGUGGCCUCCCAGGAGCCAGAAUGACCACCGAUGUCUCACACAAGGCUAGUCCCGAAGAUGGACAGGAGAGCCUCCCCCACCCCAAAAAGCCACCACUGGCUGAUGGCUCAGGGCCAGGGCCAGGGCCCGAGCCAGGGGGCAAAGUGGGCUCUGUCAAUCACCUCCCGGUGGCCGCAGACACAAAAGACAGCACAGACCAGGCUGCAGAGCAGAAGGACAAGGAGAGCCCCCGGGCGGGGCCCACGGAGCCCAUGGACACCAGUGAGGCUAGCGCUCGCCGCCUCGACUCAGAGAGGAGCCCACCUCCGCAGCCAUGCCGCCCUCUGAGAGACCGGGGCCCUGACAGCCGCUCCACGGAACUGUCCCUGGAGGAGCUGAGCAUCAGCGCCCGGCAGCUGCCCACCCCACCCGUGCCAGCCCCUACGGCCACUGCUGCUCCCAUCACCGCCUUGGGGGCGAGGGGAGGUGGCCAUCCCGAGGAGCCACCCCCUAGGCCCAGUCGCAAGAGGAAGCUCCUAGAGGACACAGAGUCAGGCAAGACGCUCCUGCUGGAUGCCUACCGCGUGUGGCAGCAGGGCCAGAAGGGGGUGGCCUAUGACCUGGGCCGCAUUGAGAAGAUCAUGUCGGAAACCUACAUGCUCAUCAAGCAGGUGGAUGAGGAGGCUGCGCUGGAGCAGGCUGUGAAGUUCUGUCAAGUGCACCUCGGGGCUGCUGCCCAGAGACAGGCCUCGGGGGACACCCCCACCACCCCCAAACACCUCAAGGACAGUCGAGAGAACUUCUUUCCUACAGCAGUGACCCCUAUAGCACCUGACCCCAUGCUAGCCGAUGCUCUCCAGCGGCCAGGCGACCCCCAUGCGAAGCCUCGAACUGUAUUGGCUCCUGCUUCCGCUGUUAUCAGCUGUCCUCCCUCAACAUUAGUCUCCACCCCAGACAUGUCCAUGGACCCCGGAACUCCCCAGCUACACAGGCCCGACACCACGCCCAGCAUGACCUCUGUGGAUUUAGAGGGAGAAGAGCUGGCCGGAGUGGCAGAGGGUGCCAGAUUGCCAUCCCAGGAGCCACAGUGCAGUCACCAGGUGAAAGCGGCCCCAGGUCCCCCAGCCGAGCCGCGCUGCUGGACGCCAGAGUCUGACCCCCGGACAGGUGCCGAGCCCACCUGCAGCCACGCCAGCAGCAGCAGCAGCAAGGUGCCCAGCAGUGGGAAUGCCCAGCCAUCGGAGAGCCAUCCUAGCAAGGCUGAGUCCAGCAAGGCCAAAUCUCGCCUGCUGCCCAACAUGCCAAAGCUAGUGAUCCCCUCGGCCACCACCAAGUUCCCCCCCGAGAUCACCGUCACGCCACCCACUCCGACCCUGCUCUCCCCGAAAGGCAGCGUCUCCGAGGAGACCAAGCAGAAGUUGAAGUCGGCUAUCCUUUCUGCCCAGUCGGCUGCCAACGUGAGGAAGGAGCGCUUGUGUCAGCCGGCCCUGGAGGUUCUGGAGACGUCCAGCCAGGAGUCCUCGUUGGAGAGCGAGACAGAUGAGGACGACGACUACAUGGACAUAUGAAGAAGCCCUCGCAGAGCCCCGCCACCCAUCGCGGGGACCGGCCUGGCCUGCAGGGCCCGCUCUGCCCAGUCCCCUCCUCCCAGCACCCUGCCCUCCCCACAGCGUGGUAGUCCAGAGGGCAGUGAGACUGUCUGAGCCGUGUGAGGAUGGACUGGACAUGGUCUGCACAGCAGAGCUGCCUCCCUUUUCUAUAACAUGUUGACUUUUUAACAGGCCCCCCGCCCAGUCCAGCCGACCUGUCCAGUUUGGCCCUGGGGCAAGUCAGAUUCUGCUUGCGUCCUGGUGGAGUUCUCUCCUGGGGCCUGGCUCCUCCCUCACCCUUUUUACUUGCUUUCUUUUCUAAUAAAGUUGAAGCAACGGUC